UAAUCGAGACUUGUUGCAGAAAGUACAUUCUGUCGAGUAUCACAGAACGCAAUACAACCCACACAACAAAAUGGCCGCUAAAUUCGUUGUCUUCUUCGCCGCUUUGGCCGCUGUCAACGCUGGAGGUAUUGCCCCAUUGGGAUACUCUGCUGGUAUUGCCGCCCCCUUGGCUUACUCCGCUGGUCUCCAUGCUUCUCCAUUAGCCUAUGGAGCUGGAUAUGCUCAUGCUGCCCCCGUUGCCUACUCUGCUGGUAUCCAUGCCUCUCCUUUGGCUUAUGGCGCUGGUUAUGCCCAUGCCGCCCCCGUUGCCGCCUAUGCUACCGCCCCAGUUGUUGCCAAGACCAUCGCCCCAGCUGUUUCCUCUUACUCGACUGUGACUAAGAGCAUUGCUUCCCCAGUUGCUGCUUACGCUCAUGCCGCCCCCGUUGCCGCUUACUCCGCUGGUUAUGCUCAUGCUGCUCCAGUUGCCUACUCUGCUGGUAUCCAUGCUCCAGUUGCUGCCUACUCUGCUGGUUACGCUCAUGCUGCCCCAGUCGCCGCCUACUCUGCUGGUUAUGCCCAUGCCGCCCCAUUGGCUUACUCUGGUCUCCAUGGUGCCACUUAUGGCCAUGUUUACUAAAUGAUUUAAUUUAUUUUGUUUUGUAAAUAUUAUAAAGAAUAAAAAUUUGAAAAAUA